AUGCCAGAGAGACCUCCCUUUCCAGGCCGCCCUGCCCAACCCCCGGGCCCUACCUACCUUCACUAUUCUCCCGAUGGCCAGAGGUUGACUGUGGCUGGCAUUGGAGACUUUGCUCGUUCCUUCAGGACCAACGACAACGGCGAACCCGACUUAUUACCCUCGACUCAUGCAGAGACAUUUGCUGUUGCUUCAGGGAACGACUACGCCAUCUUUGGCUGCGAAGACGGAACAGUGUGCAAAUAUGCAGUCCCGUCCGGGGACUUCAAACAGAUGCUUGUCAGAACCACACUUCCAAUCAGAGACAUUGCCCUUUCUCCAGACGAGAAAUGGGUGGCCGUUUCCAGCGACGAGCUAGAAAUCAAGGUGGUCAACCGAAACGACAUUGAGCAAAUGACCAUACUACGCGAUCACCCAAAACCAAUAAAGCAUUUGACAUACGAUCAGUCUGGCCGGUAUCUUGCCGCAUCCUGCACCGAUGGCGUGAUCUACGUUUAUGACAUGACCUCCUCUGAGCCUAAGCUAUUCCGAACAUUCGACGGAGUAAUUCCUCGACUUGAGACGGCCGAAACAGCCACUUCCCGCUGCGUUUGGCAUCCUGACGGAAGGGCUUUUGCUUGUGCAACAGCGACAAGAGAUAUCCAAGUUGUCUCAAUUGAGGACGGUGCACAUCAACGAACAUUCGCAGGAGAGCACAGUGCAGAGAUAACAUCAUUGGCAUGGUCACCGAAUGGGGCCUUGUUGGCCUCGGCCGACUCGGACUAUCUCAUCAUUUGGGACGCCAAAACACAAAAGCCCUUGAAACGUUUCAACUACACGAACAUUCUUAACGUGGCGUGGCAGAACCACAACGAGAACAUCUUCAAUUGGACGACUUCGAAUGGCGAAGUCUUCAUCAUCCCGGAAUUCCUCAAAGACGAAGCUCACGUCAAGUUGCUCAAAGGACCUAAAGUCGGAGCUCCUUUCUUCCAUGAUCCACUGCUCGAGAAAUCUGCACUCGUGAAUGGUCGAAAACCACUCGCCAACGGUCAAGCAAAGCGAGCACAUACUCCUGACAGUCUUGACGAGCUUCUCGGGCCAGAAGAAGAAUACGAUUGGAUAGAAGACGACGAUGGCGCGGGAUAUAUCAAUGAAAACGGAAAGAGGACCAACGGGCAUCUUGGAGAUACCACAUACCCUUUGCCCAAGCGAAACAAGCAGGAUACCUGGCAAGCACAUGUCCAUGAGCCAUUCCAACCAGGUGCCACCCCUUGGAGAGGCAACCGCAAAUAUCUGUGUCUCAAUUUGAUUGGCUUUGUCUGGACCGUGGACCAGGACACCCAUCAUACAGUUACGGUCGAAUUCUAUGACCGCGAAAUGCACCGGGACUUCCAUUUCACCGAUCCCUUCCUAUAUGACAAAGCGUGCUUGAACGAAACCGGCACGUUGUUCUCUUGCCCUCCUCGGGAUGGUCAGCCUGCAGUGAUCUUCUACCGACCUCAUGAGACUUGGACCACACGGUCGGAUAUGCGCAUCAAUUUGCCCGACGGCGAAGAAGCAACAUGCAUUGCUCUCAGCAGCAGAUACAUCGUGGCUGUUACAAACAAGAACUACGUCCGGGUAUGGACAUUGUUUGGUACGCCUGUCCGGAUUUGGCGCAUGAAGAGUUCCCCUGCUGUCACAUGUGCUGCAUGGAGUGAUUAUGUUAUGACAGUUGGAAACGGCCCUGUGGGCGCUGAUGGUUCCACCCAGCUUAACUACAGCAUUGAAAAUGUGCGGCGAGACGAAAGCUGUCAGAACGAAGAUGUCCUCGCACUGGGCACGGUCCCGCCGGAAUCUGAGGACGAGGAUGUGAGCUUGAAGAACCUCUUCUGGAGCGAUGCAGGAGAUCCCUGUAUCUACGACAGCAAUGGUGUACUCCUGACUCUAAUGCACUGGCGUACGCUGGGACAGGCCAAAUGGGUGCCUCUACUUGACACGAGAUUGCUCGAUCGAUUGAAAGACGGGAAGAAAGAAGAGACAUACUGGCCCGUUGCUGUGGCGGACCAAAAAUUCCACUGCAUUAUCCUGAAAGGCGGGGACAAGACUCCAUACUUCCCUCGGCCUCUGCUCACAGAGUUUGAGUUCAAUAUCCCGGUCUGUAGGCCGGUGGAGGACAGCAAGGAUGUCGAUGGUGAUGAAAGGGAAGAGUCCAAUGCUGCUGCCGCAGCAAGGUUGGAAGAAGCAUUUGUCCGCAGCUCUGUGAUCUUGGGACUGCUUGACGACCAUGUGCAGAGUCUGGACCAGAGGGUCAGCCACUCGCAGAAGACCGAGGUCGUGAGACGAGAGGUCGAAGUCGACAAGAUUUUGCUUCAACUCUUGGCGGUCGAGUGUCGCGAAGGCGAAGAGAGGGGCAUGAAGGCUCUCGAGAUUGUGGGGUUGCUGAAGGACCGAAGUGGUAAGAUGCUCGAGGCUGCGGCCAAGGUUGCUGGAAGAUGGGGACGGACUGUGCUGGAGGACAAGAUCAGGGAAGUGGCGGAGCGCAGGUUGAUGGGGGUUGAGGAGGAAGAAUGA